AUGGCGGAGGCCACAGAUGGCGAGCAGCCCAGCCGUAUGGCGAAACGCGUCCUGAAGAAAAUUGACCGAAGACUCAUACCCCUGCUGUUCACUACUUACAUGUUCAAUUUCAUGGACAAGGUCAUCUUGUCUAGUGCAUCUGUUUUCGGGCUUCGCGAUGACACGCGCUUAGUAGGCCAGCAGUAUAGCUGGGUUUCGUCGGUGUUCUAUUUUGGAUACCUGGGAUGGGUAUACCCGACAACAUUGUUGAUUGCACGUUUACCUGCCGCGAAGUACUUGACGGCCAACACGCUAUUCUGGGGUGCUGUCGUCGCACUGACGGCGGCCUGUACCAACUUUGGUGGUUUGAUGACCGUUCGCUUCUUAUUAGGAGUGGCAGAGGCAACAAUCACCCCCGCAUUCAUGUUCAUCACUUCGACUUGGUAUACACGCGAUGAGAUCCCCACGCGCACGGGGCUGUGGUUUGCUGGAAAUAGCGUGGGAGGCAUCGUGUCUAGUCUAAUGGCCUACGGCCUCGGUCAUGUCAAGGACAACGUCGGGCCAUGGCGAUGGAUGUUCAUUGUCCUCGGAGUCGCGACCUUCCUCUGGGGAUUCGCCAUCUGGACACUUCUACCGGACUCUAUUUCCAAGGCAAGGUUCCUCACCGAAGAAGAGCGUCAAUUCGCAAGCUCCAGAGCCGUCCUUGCCGGCACAGGAGCAACGGAAAAGACAGCCUGGAAGUGGAACCAAGUAGCCGAAUGUCUCAUCGAUCCCAAGACCUGGCUGGUCUUCGGCCUGGGGAUAUGCACCCAGAUCCCCAACGGAGGGACGCAAAACUUCGCCAAUCUCGUCAUUGUCUCAUUUGGAUUCACGAACCUCCAAUCCACACUAAUCACCAUCCCUUACUCGCUCAUCUCCGUGGCUACCAUCACCGGCACAGGCUGGCUUGCAGGACGCUUCCGCCAGCUCAACUGCCUCCUCAUUGUGGCCACGGUCAUCCCUUGCGUGGUCGGGAGUGCAAUAAUUUACUCCCGUGCGCAUAUUGGAUUGGGCGUGCAGCUGUUUGGGUAUUUCCUUCUGUCGCCUGGACCUGCAGCUAUGCCGUUAGCCAUGUCCCUGGUGCAGGCGAAUUAUCGGGGCGUCACUAAGAAAAUGACGGUGACUGCAAUGCUCUUCCUUGCGUAUUGUGCAGGCAACAUUUCUGGGCCCCAGUUUUUUCUCAGUACAGAGGCACCGCAGUAUGGUACUGCGUUUCGUACGAUUAUGAUUUGCUAUUCGCUGUCGGUUGCCCUGGCGAUUACACUGCGCUGUUACUUGCAAUGGACGAAUGCUCGUCGGGUACGGGUGGAAGGGUUUGAGGGCAGUGCUGGAAAUGCAGGCGCUGUCGGUGGGAAGGUCUCAGAUCCUCAUGAGUCUAGAGAUGUGUCGGAGAUGGUGAAUCAAGUACAGCCGGUGUCUGAUGAUUAUGAGGAUAUCACGGACUGGAAGACACCAGGGUUCAGAUAUCGAUACUGA